AUAAGCAAGGGCCCGGACGGCGAAGCAAGUUGCGUCACUCGCCUGCGACAAGCUGGAAUCGUUCAUGUGUACCCGCCGUCCAGCAGCGUGAUGGAGGUGUGCGGCUCUCCCACUGUGACUCUGAGAGAGUUUGGUUGUGAGCAGAGUUUACUGUCUCGACCCGACGGAUCAGCUUCCUUCAUCCAAGGAGACACAAGUGUCCUGGCCGCAGCUUAUGGACCAGCCGAGGUCAAGGUCAGUAAGGAAAUCUAUGACCGGGCAACACUGGAUGUGUUAAUACAACCCAAAGUGGGACUGCCAAGUGUAAGGGAGCGAGCACAGGAGCAGUGUGUGAGAGAAACCUGCGAAGCAUCUCUGCUCUUGUCACUUCAUCCUCGCUCGUCCCUCACUCUCAUUCUUCAGCUGAUACAUGAUGAUGGUUCUAUCUUAUCGUGCUUUUUGAACGCUGCCUGCAUGGCUCUUAUGGAUGCCGGUCUGCCAAUGAGUUGCUUGUUCUGCGGCGUUACCUGUGCCAUAGACGUAGACGGUCAAAUCAUCACAGACCCCACUGCCGCGCAGGAAAAGGAAAGUCGUGCUGUGAUGACCUUUGCUAUUGACAGCAAAGAACGCAGAGUUAUGAUGUCGUCCACCAAAGGAUCGUUUUCGGUGAACGAGCUGCAGCAGUGUGUUGCAGUCAGUCAGAAAGCAUCAGAGAAGAUCUUCCAGUUCUACAGAGACUCUGUCAAGCGCAGAUACUCCAAAACCCUCGGAUGAAGCAGAAGCUCUGUUCUUUCUCCAGUCUGUUUUUUUUUUUUUUUAAAUGUUCCAUUU